UUUGAACACUAGAGGGCAGCACAACCUCAGUUGAACAUGUUCUGAUGUGACUGAGGAGCAGCAGAAAGAGGCAAAUGACUGCAAACUGAACAUGUAUUCUAAAAUCAAAGUGACAUUUUAGACUCUCUACAUAUAUAGUAAAGUAAAAUAAAACUCUUCUUGUAAAGUUUGUCCCUGGGUGUUCCUGUGUUCCAGGGUCACUCCUCCUCGCCUGUGGGACCAGAUCCGCCUCCCAUCCAGUCUCCCAGCUGCAGAUGCCGGAGCUCCUCUCUCAUGGGUGCAACUUUUUUAAAAGCUUCAUUCAUUCAGUCUAAAACAUGCCUCCUACGUUACAAAACGUAAGCUAACCUGAUGUUAUUUAUUAAUGCACUUUUUUCAACUAAAAGGGGAUGACAUUUUCCUUUUUUUUUUCUUUUUAAAUUUUUGCUGAACUUUUUUGGAGCCUUCAGAAAAUGUUGAAGUUGUUGGUUUUGGUGUUGUGCUGCGGGUUUUCCUCUCAGGUCUCUGCAGCCCCAAAGCUCCUGGAUCCAGAUCUGAGGUCUCAAAUUGAAAUCAAUGCAGAGCAAAAUAAAGGUUUGCAUGAGGAGAUGAAAGGUCAGGAGAGCAUCCUCUCUAAGCUGCUUGGUGAUUAUGACAAAGUGAAAGCCCUGUCAGAAGGCUCUGACUGUCGGUGUAAAUGUGUUGUCAGACCCCUGAGCAGGAGCGCCUGUGGGCGGAUAGAAGAAGGCAGCGCCACGGAGCAGGACUUCUACACGGUGGAAACCAUCACCUCUGGACCGGACUGCAAGUGUGCAUGUGUCGCUCCGCCAUCCGCUGUCAACCCCUGCGAGGGAGAGUUCAGGCUCAACAAGCUCAGGGAGGCUGAAAAUCAGAAUGUCAAGCUGUCCACCAUCCUGGAGCUGCUGGAGGGUUCCUUCUAUGGAAUGGAUCUUCUCAAGUUGCACUCCCUGACCAAUAAGCUUCUAAAGCGUGUGGAUCACAUUGAAAAGGUGGUGUCUUUGAACCACACUGCAGAGGAGGCAAAGCCUCAGGAGAGUCCUCUCAUCCYGACAGAAGUAACCAAAAACCCACCCACUCCUCUUCCUCGUCAGCAUCAAGAUGAAAAGAGACUCGGCGAGGUCGGAAGGGCAGCAGCAUAUCAAAACCCAGAGGGGAAGUACGAGGAGAAGUUUAUUGUGGAAAAUCCAGCCAUCGUACAGGCAGAUGUUUCUGCUCAGGUCACUGAGGUCAGACCUCGAGUGACUCUGAACAACACGCGAACCAAAGAUUCCCAGAUGCUGAAGACCGGAGACAAUGGAAUGAUCAUCAGAGGGAUGACUUUUUACAAAUCUCAGCCUGAUCCCAUGGUGGCUGACGAUGGAGAGCCCGGAGAGAACUUUUUUGAAUACGAUGGAUUCAGCGGCGACGGUCCAGUCAACCUCCUCAUUGAAGAGAAUCUUCUUCUUCACCGUGCGCCUCGGCCCAGGACCAGAGUGGGCCUGAGAUCAUUCCGACAGAAGACGACAGGCCCUGUGCGCAGUUACAAGAAAAGCAGCCAAUCAAAACAACCCCAAAAAACAGAGCUAAUUUUCGAGUCUCACAAUGAGAUCAUAGGUAUCCCUGAAACCAAGMCAGUUAAAGUGUCUGCAGACGUACAACAAGAUGAAUCUGUCACGAGAAGUGUCACAUUUGGACCAACCAGAGCCAUACACGCAGAUACGAGGUCUCAAACUAGUCYAAGUGUUGCUGCAGACAGGGUCACCAGGAGGCCGGAUCCUAUGACUGAACCAGCAGGUGCMUCUCCAAGUGUUUCUCCAAAGGAAAGGACCCAACCUUCCUAUAAUCCCACAGAAACACCAGAAUACUCACCCAUCACUACGAUGGCAACCUCUAGCCUUAAGCUAACAGAWCAAACCCAAACCAUGCAUACUGAUGCCACGCCAACAGAGGAAAAUACCAACUCCACCAACGUUUCAAGCUCAACUUUGCGUAUUGACACCAGUACACCGGUUUUCACAACUACUACAACAGAAAUGCCAAGAAUUACCAAACAGGCUGCUCAGGUCAAAAAGAAAUACAAAUUUAGAUGGGAAAAAGUAAAAGUGGAGGACGCAGGUGAACCAAUGCAAAGGCAGGAAAAAUCAACCUCAAGAAAAUCUGGGGAAUGCAAGGACACUUUGGCAAGCAUCUCUGAACCAGUCACUCACAACACCUACGGCAAGAAGGAGGGAGCGUGGAUGAAGGAUCCAAAGUCUGCCGACAACAAAAUUUAUGUCACAGACUUCUAUUACGGCAAAAACCUCUUGGAGUUCAACAACCUGGAAGUUUUUAAACAAGGCCGCUUCACCAACUCCUACAAGCUUCCUUACAACUGGAUUGGCACGGGCCAUGUGGUCUACGAUGGAGCCUUCUACUACAACCGGGCCUUCUCCCGUGACAUCAUCAAGUUUGACCUGCGGCAGCGUGUCGUGGCCGCCUGGACCAUGCUGCACGAUGCCCUGUUCGAGGAGUCCUCGUCGCCGUGGGAAUGGCGCAGCCACUCGGACAUCGAGCUCGCUGUGGACGAGAGCGGCCUCUGGAUCAUCUACCCGGCGCUGGACGACGAGGGCUUCUUACAGGAGGUGGUCGUUCUGCGCCGGCUGAACCCCUCGGACCUCAGCAUGCAGAGGGAGACCACCUGGAGAACCGGGCUCAGACGAAAUUAUUUUGGGAACUGUUUCAUCGUGUGCGGCGUCUUGUAUGCUGUUGACAGCUAUAACCGAAGGGACGCAAACCUGGAGUAUGCCUURGACACGCACACGAACACUCAGAUGAUUCCCAGAAUGCCCUUCAUCAAUAACUACACCUACACCACACAGAUCGACUACAACCCCAGGGAGGGUGUUUUGUACGCGUGGGACAAUGGACACCAGGUUACGUAUAAUAUUAAGUUUGCUUAUGUGGAACCUUAACAAGGACUCAAUUGUUCCUUAAAAUCAGUUGGAUUGUAGAUCAGUCCACACARAGCCUUCAGUAUGGAAACGAGGCAAACUGUACAUAUAUAAUCCAUUGAGUUUAAUUUGUACCUUAAAAACACUCAAUACACCAAGUUGUACUGUACAUACUAUGAAAUUUGAAAAAAAACAUGUUGGAUUAAAACAUUAAAAGUAUCUGAGCAGGCCUGUGGCUUGACUAAGAGCAAUACAUAAAUCUCAUGUUUCUGUUUUACAUGUUUUUACAUCCUAGCGAGAGGUUCUUUUCUUUCAAAAUUUCAGUUCUCAGGACCCUAAAAAAAGGCUAGAAGAACACUGAGGAUGUUUAAUUUGUUUUGCAGAACACACAGGAUGUAAAAGUAGCUUUAAUUGGGACUUGAAAGCGUUACUUAAGUAAAACGCUGGCACUAUUGCAGGGCAUAAUGGGAAACAAAUAAAAAUUGCCAACAUGAAAGAUGGAAUGUUAAAACCUCGUAAUUUAGAGCGUGGGGGUCUAAACUGAUGCAAUGUGGGAGAGACUGGAGCUAAUACUCCAAAAUAAAAACUGAGGCAAUGCACUGUCAAGACUUACAAAAAGACAAAUACAGAUAUACUUAAAGAAAAUCCAGUGUUUAUUUUGGUUUAAAACACAUAAAAGAACAUAAAAAACAAUUGCAUUUUUUUGUAGGUACCAAACUUUUGUCUGGUACAUAUUUUUCAAAKUGAUAACGAGCCCAUACACAACAAAGCAAAAAACUGACAAAACUCCCCCCUCCCCAUCCCAAAGAAACAAAAGCUUGUCUACAAAGUUUAAGAGCAUCUUAUGGGCGUUAUACAAAACUGGCCUUGAAUAAGGAUACUCCUGAUCCCAUUCUUUAAAGUUAAAACAACCAAAAAGUAAAAAAACAAAACAAAAACACACAUUUAGGGCAUUUUCAAACAAAUCUUCAUUUCUGCUUUGAAAAUUAACUUUUUUAARCACUGUUUAGUAAGUUUGAAUUUCUAAGAACCAAAUAAAUUACAAUGCAGCCUGUUAAUUGUUUUUUCACUAGUGGUUUUAUGUCAAACAGCUCGGUUGUUCACAAGUGUUCUCUAUAUGAUAGAAUAUGAAUUGUUUUCUUGGCUCAGAAUUCUCCAUGUCAGUCCGGUAAACAGAGACAAAAAUCUUUAUUUACCAACAUCUGAAAUGCAUUAUAUAAAACCAUUUAUAUAUUUUUUUACACACAGUAAGCCUUUGAGGUUUGUGUUGACAAUUAAAAUAAAACACUUCCCACAAA